AUGGGACGAAUUCAGUUUUUCGCGGUGGCAUGCUGCCUGGUAGCAACGGUCUUCAGCCAAGCCCCUGUCAACGCCCAAGUCUUCCCACAACAGGGAAUGAUGAAUGGUCAAUUUAACAACGGUUUCAACCAAAACAUGCCUGGAAUGAAUAACUUCCAGCAAAACGGCGCCUUCAGAAAUCAGUUUGGAACAGGUUUAAACAAUGGCUUCAAUAACGGGUUUAACAACCAAUUUGGCGGCAUUGGGAUGGCUGGAGGUGGCUUCCAGAGAGGUAUGAAUGGACAAGUAACAGUACCGUUCCUUGGAAAUGGAGCUGCCGGAGGCUUCAACAACGGCUUCAACAACUUCAACAAUGGUUUUAAUAACGGAUUCGGCAAUAACCAGUUCGCAGGGGGAUUCUCACCCUCAACAUUCGGAGGUCCGUUUGGAGCAGGCGGUUUCAACAAUGGAAUGAACACACGUAUGGGUGGUCAAUUUGGACAAUUCGGAAACCGACCGCAGAUGGGAUAA